CUUUUUCUCGAGCGGCCCCAUCCUAGCCCAGACUGGUACUGAGAGACGCCUGCCGCCGCCGCAGAGAGAUCGGCCACAAGGUCACUUUCACGUUUAGCCGAAGAGAGAGAGAAAGAGAGAGAGAGAGAGACGCGCCUGGCGUUGCCCGGCCUCGGGCAUGGGGCCUCGCCGAGGGGCUCGCGCCUCCGGAGGCGAGACACGGGCUGGAGCGCCAGCGAGGCAGAGCCUCACUUCUUCCCGACCGCGAGCAUCGGCACCCCGGCGUACUCCAGGGGCCGCAUCUCGCCGUUGGGGCCUUGCUUUGCCUCCCGGACGUCGUGCAGGAAAGAGGCGCCGCUCCCCACCUUGCACGCGCCAGUGCGCAACGCCGACAGGUCCGCGCCCGCUGGCGGCGGCAGCGCCUUUAGCGUGUGCACGUCCGAAAACAGGACGGAGCACCUGGCCGAGGCCAGGACCUCGAGCGUCACCGCCGCCCGCUGCGUCGGGCUGCCGCAUCCGCGGAUGCCGCUGGCGCCGGGGAGCACCACGGAUGCGCCCGCGAGGAAGGCGCUCCCGACCGCUGAAGCUAUACCGAGGAGGCGUGGCACAGCGUGAUGGAGACGAGGACGCGAUCGUCGCUGGUGACCGCGAGCUGCUCGCGCGCGUCGGCGGCCAUGGUCGACAGGGCCUCCCCGCAGGUCAGCGGCUUCGUGCUGCCCCAGUAGCCCAGGGGCGCAGCGGCGUCCUCGGGCACCACCGCCUGCGGGGCGGCCGAGUUGCUCAGCAGCCCCAGCGAGCCGUCAAGGAUCUCCAGCGAGAUGGUGGGCACGGGCAGCACCGCCGACUGGAGCACCUCCGACGCCCCCUCGAACACGUGCGUGACGGCUCCUCUCACGCGGGCGGCCCCGGAGAGCUCCGCCAGAGCCUUGGCGUCCUUCGCCGUGGCGACCGCCACGCCGAGGUGCGAGCAGGCGACCUGCAGCAGCAAGUUCUCCACGGAGUUCGGGAGGUCCGUCACCAGCACGUCCCCUUUCUCGUAGCCCACGUCCGCAAGGGUCCCCGCCACGGUGAUGGCGCGCUCGGACAUCUCCUGGUACGUCCAGGUGCCGUCCUGCUGCGGCGCGAGCAGCGCCAGAGAGCUCGGACUCCUGGCCGCGUGGCCGUGCACCAGGGAGGCCAGCGAGUGCACGCCGCGCGCGCCGCGGGCGCCAUUGGCCGCAACUGUGCGCAGGCCGCGCCCGAUCCAGGACGGCAGGGCCGCGGCCAUAUUGCGGCGGCCGCCUGGAGCCGCCCAGGAGCGAGGGGGGGGCCAGAUCUCCCACGGUGGAUGGAGGGGGAAGAUGAGCAGGAGAACGAGGAGGCGGUGGGGCCGCCUGUGCACCAGGAGGGCCCCGCGAGGCAGCACCUUGAGCCGCAACGGCCGCUGGGGACGGGGGGGAUCCCGCACGGAGCAGGCCGUGGCAGAGGCCACGACGCGCCCUGAGACCCGACGUGGCGACAGCAUUGCAGCAUCGCGAAGAAUCACAACCGGAGCCCUGGGCCCCAUCUCCCUGCGGGUCUUCUUCGGGCCGAGGCGGCGGCCGAAGCGCUUCGAAAUCGGCCGCGACCGUUCGCAACCGAACAGC